AAGUUCGGUAGUUUAAAUAAAAUUCGGCUGGGGAUGCUUUUUUUCAGUGCAACUCGAUAUUGAUUAAUAAUUCAUUUGUUUAAAUUAUUUUAAUAUUUUGUCACUUGCUGCACUUUACACUGCCUCAUUAUCAACUCAAAUUCAUGGUUGCAAUGUCUGCACAAUUUGAAGUGAUGGAAAAUUAUUCGGUCGUCGGCCACAUCGGAGAAGGUGCUCAUGGCAUUGUCUUGAAGGCAAAGCACAAAGUUACUGGCUUUGUGGUUGCACUGAAGAAAAUUCCUCUGAAGAAUAUUGAAGAUGGAAUCCCAUGCAUGACCUUGCGUGAAAUUAAAGCUUUACAACAAAUGAGAAAUGAGAAUAUUGUGGAUUUAUUGGACGUUUUUCCAUAUGGGGCUGGCGUCGUUCUGGUCUUCGAAUAUAUGCCCACGGAUUUGUCCGUCCUCUUGAGAGACACGGAAAACCCUCUGACGGAGUCGCAGAUCAAAGCAUACCUUAUCAUGCUUUUAAAGGGAAUCUCUUACUGCCACAAUUUAGGAAUAAUGCAUAGG